UGCCAGCGAAUCAGUCUGCUAGUGGAGACAGAGCAGAACUGCGGCGGAAGGCACACGCAAGGCAGUCAAAGCAGAGCCCCAAGAUGUGGUUCCUCCUCGUGCUGCUCUGCUCCCAAGGAAUUGCCUUCUUGGCAGGAUUCACAGCACCCUCCACUCUGAAUUCAGACAAAAGCCAGAACAGGAAGACUCGCAAUCCUGAAUGCUUUAUGAACGUUAGUGAAAUUAUCAGAUAUCAUGGAUACCCCAGUGAGGAAUAUCAAGUUACCACGGAGGAUGGAUACAUUCUUGGUGUUUUCAGAAUUCCUGCUGGGAGGAACAGCGAAAAUACAGGGCAAAAGCCUGUAGUCUUCCUACAGCAUGCUUUUCUAGGAGAUGCUACCCACUGGAUUUCUAACCUGCCCAACAACAGCUUGGGCUUCCUCCUCGCAGAUGCUGGCUAUGAUGUCUGGAUGGGAAACAGCCGAGGGAACACUUGGUCUUUAAAACACAAGACCCUUAAUCCCAGCCAGAAAGAGUUCUGGCAGUUCAGCUUUGAUGAAAUGGGUAAAUAUGAUAUUCCAGCAGAGCUGUACUUCGUCAUGAAUAAAACUGGACAGAAGGAUGUAUACUAUGUUGGCCACUCUGAAGGCACGACAAUAGGAUUCAUAGCAUUUUCUACAUACCCUGACCUGGCUAAACAGGUGAAAAUGUUCUGUGCUCUGGGGCCAGUAACCAUGUGCUCACAUGCUACAAGCCCUCUGAUUAAGAUAACAAAAGUUCCUGAAUCACUGCUCAGGUUAGUACUUGGCUGCAAAGGAGCGAUGCACCAAAUUGGAUUUCUGAAAGGACCGAUGACACAGUUAUGUACAAGCCUGGAUAAGUUUUGUGGCCAUGUACUCUGUUACAUAGCUGGAGGCAACAUAAAAAAUCUGAACACAAGCCGAAUAGACACAUACGUAGGACAUUCCCCUGCUGGAACAUCGGUACAGAACAUCAUCCAUUGGCAUCAGCUAAUAUAUGCAGGCCAAUUUCAAGCUUAUGACUAUGGCUCCAAGGAAAACAUGAAGAAAUACAACCAGUCUACUCCUCCUGCAUACAAGAUCGAGAAGAUAAGCAUACCCACUGCUGUUUGGAGCGGUGGACGCGACACAUUUGCAGAUCCAGAAGACAUGGCAAGGCUACUUCCUCGGAUUACUAACCUCAUCUACCAUGAGCAUUUUCCUACUUGGGGACACCUCGAUUUCAUCUGGGGCCUUGAUGCAACUGAGAAGAUGUAUCAGAAAAUCAUUGAACUAAUAACAAAAUACCUUUGA